CUUGUAAAGACAGGAAUCACGUUGCGUCGGAGGUUUUCACGCGGAGUCGACGAAAGGAAAACAUGGCCUCGUUGUUGCGGUCAAGUAAAUUUGUGCGUUAUUUCGCCGGUUUUGCACGGAAUGUCGUGUUUAACACGGCCCGCGAAUCCGAGAGCAGCCUGGUACAGCAAACACAGUGCUUGUGUGGAAAUUUCACGAGUGGAUUUGCUACGGCUGCGGCGAAUAGCACGAGUGGCUUGGAUCGCUCACUGAAACGCCUGGAUGAGGAUGUGCGUCGAUCGGGUCGAAUAUCACGGCGCGAUCUGGAGGAAGUGCUCGAGGAGAUCCGCCAGAACCGGUCAGCUAGCAGCGCGCAAUCCCUGCUCGUCAUCCGAUGCUGUGGCAACCUGGUCCCGGAAGAGCUGCCGGAGGUGAGGACGGCUUUGGUGCAGGAAAUAUGGAAAACUCUGAAGCGCUUGAACGUGACGAUGGACGUCUCGCACUACAACGCUCUGCUGCGCGUCUACUUGGACAACGAGCAUUCGUUUUCGCCCACGGAGUUCCUGGCCGAUCUGCAAUCGAACGGCAUCGAACCAAACCGGGUAACGUAUCAGCGGCUCAUAUCGCGCUACUGCCAGCAGGGUGACAUCGAGGGGGCUACCAAGAUCCUGGAAUUCAUGCGCGAGAAGCAGCUUCCGGUGAACGAGUACGUGUUCAACGCGCUCAUCAUGGGCCACUCGCAGGCAGAUGAUCUGGAAUCGGCCACCGGUAUCCUGGCGGUGAUGGCACAGGCUGGCUUGCAACCAUCGGCCGACACGUACACGACGCUGCUGUGUGGUUAUGCCCGCAAGGGUGAUAUCGAGUACAUCCUCAAAACGAUCGAGAGCUGCGAACAGAAGGAAGUGUUCCUGCUCGAUAAGGACAUUCUCGAGAUUGUGUACACGCUGGCGACGAACGGGCAUGCGGAGAAAGUGGAUCCACUGUUGGAGCGUAUUCGACGGCAGGCGGGGUACAAUCAGGAUGCCGUUAAUGUGAUCCUGCGUCUCAUCAACAAAGCACAGGAAGAGGUCAGCCUGAAGCUGCUGCGCACGAUGCCACGCGCAUCGAAAGGCGAUGGAGAGCUGGCGAACACGGGCGGGUUCCUGGUACGCCAGCUUGUGCGUGCUCAGCGUCCGGCGGAAAAGCUUGUUGCCAUCUGUCGUGAGCUGCAGGAGAGUGGGAUGAACGAUCGCGCUUUCCUGGUGGCGCUCGAAACCGCUCUCAAGGCCGGUUCGGUUGAGACGAGUUUUGCGCUGCUCAAAGAGUUGGCCACACAGCAGCAACCGAUUCGGCAGCAUUUCUUCUGGCCCCUGAUGUGCGGUAAUCGUGCCAAAAUGUCACAGGAAGCACGCACGGAGAACGUGCUGCUCGUGCUGCGCACAAUGAUGGAGGAGUUUAACAUCCACCCGAGCAGUGAAACGAUCCGCGACUAUGCCAUCCCCAACAUGCCGGUGACCAACAGCGAAAUUGCGAUCCAACUUUUGCGCAGUGUCGGUAUUUCGUCGGCCGUCGCUAGCAGCAGCUGUGCCCACCAUGCGCUCGAGCGUAACAAUCUGAAGGAAGCGGCAAACAUUGCGGGACGCUAUCGGGCGUACUAUUCACCGGGAGUGUUCCGGAAACCGCUCGUGCAAGCCCUCGCACAAUCUCGAGACUACGACUCGUACAUACGCUUCUCGCGCUCACUCUAUGAUGGACUCAAGCGAUCGCGCUCAUCGGAGGAUGAAACGGCGGAAGGAGCGGUGGAAGGUGUCGAUUCCAGCUCCGGCAGAAACGCCGAUGCCUUCCAGGGAGAAACGUUGGGCUGCAUGUUGUACGAUGUGGUGACAACUUUCAAGACCGAUCGUGUCGAGGUCCUCGAGCGAUUGCUUACUGGUUUCGUCAACCAGGGUCUCACGAUCAGCGGGGAAUUGGCGGAGCGAAUCCAGGAACGGCUCAGUGCUGAACUGACAUCGGAAAUCUCGUCCAUGCUUUCGAAACUGGCGGCCGGUGAUCUGCAACCGGUCGAAGUAGAACGCCCCGCAAUCGGCAAUCAGCGCUCGAGACAAGCCAAUACGGCCAGCAACCUUUCCGUGCCACAACUGGAACGGCUGAUCGCUGAUCUGGAGAAACGAAAGGAGAAUGCCAACGGGCUGAAAGCUCAGCUGAUCCGUUCGGCCAUUCGAUCGAACGAUGUGCCGAAGGUGGUGGAAGUGGUACAGCGCCUGGAGUCCGAAAACUAUGUCAUCAGCCCGGCAAUCUACGGACAGGUGAUGGAGCUGUACGCUACGAACGGUAAACUCGAGGAAGCAUUCGAGCUACUGAAGCGAGUGAAAUCGAAGCAGCCCGAUUUUGUGCUCGAUCGCAUAAAGGUAGUACGCUUCGCCCAGGGCCUGCUUGAAGCGGAACGUUUCGAUGAGGCCUUGCGCUUCCUCCAGGAGCAUGCAUCCAACAAACCGACAUCAUCACCAUCAGCAGUAGAACAGACCACUGAAGGCAACGAAUCGGAGAAAGCUGAACCGGUGGAUUUCGUGUACAACAGUGCCUGCUGGCGCUUGUUAAACAUUCUGGCGGAGAAGGGUAAUGUGGAGCAAGUGGGCAGUCUGUUCGAUCAUUUGAUCGCUCAGCGCUACAUCAAACCGCAAAACAUUUUCCUCGGAGCACUCAUCAAGGUGCACCUGGUGAAGGAUGAUCUGCCCAGCGCCAUGACUGCGUUCGAGCAAAUUUGCCAGCGAUACCGUGCGACUCCGUGGAAGACAGAGCUGACGUGCCGGUUGAUACAGGCCGAAGAUGCAGCCAACUUGCAGCGGUUAACGGAUCUGAGCACGGAGGUGCACGGCGAAGUGAACAGUCUGUAUGAUCUCGUGUUUGCAUUCGUCGACUGUGGCCGUAUUCGGCAGGCGAGGAAAAUUCUUGAAACCCCAGGACUUAGGACACGCUAUCAGCGCAUACAGACGGCCUGCGAACGCUAUCAGCAGGAGGGCAAAACCUCAAGCCUGGAGGGAUUAAUGGAAGCAACCAAAGAUCUCAAUCACAUCGAUCGCGGCGAAAUUUAUCACAAGCUGCUGCAAAGCUACAUCAACGAGCGAGACGCGGAUAAAGCACUUGGACUGUGGACGCGUAUGCAGGAAGAAAGUGUAUCGCCAUCGGAUGCGUUCCUUACAGAACUGGCGAGCUUCUUGACGACGAAUGGGUACGAUGUUCCUUUUGCCGUUCCGGAAGCGCCUAAGGCCAAGUCAGCGAGCAAGGGAACCAGCAAGGCUGCUCCAGCAGCUGCCACGAAACGUAGUCAACAGCCACAACCACAACUGGCACCUGCCGUAAAGGAUUUGAAACAGGCGAUCAAAUUAAAUGAUGCUGACCGUAUUUUGGCCGCAUACGAAGCGGUCGGUCCGAACGAGAAGUUAAACCUUACCGAACAGUCGGCCAUCAUUGAAGCGCUCAUCAAUCGCGAUCGACUUGGGGAAGCCACGAAGAAGGUGAUGAGCAUUCUCGAGCAGAAUCUGUUCCCUAUUCCGCGAACGUUCAAGUACUUCCUCAACAAGCUGGCGAACGCGGGUGAUGUGGCGACGUUCGAGCGGAUCUCGGGCCUCAUCUCGGACGAUUUAAAACGGCAAGUUUCCUUUGAUAACAGAUUUUGCCACGCUAACGUUGCCGGUGGCAACGCGGAACAGUAUCUGCGCGGCUUGGAACAAGCUUGCGAGCAGCUGAAGAGCAAGGAGGAAGCGAUCGUCGCCGCGAAGCACUUCCCCGUUGGUGGAGCGUCCGGUAUCCUCUCUAAACAUCCUGAACUACACGAGCGAUACCUUCAGCUGGCCGAACAGUACGCCAAAUGGGACCUGUUGGCACCGAUCAAUGCACUCUGGAUACACUACUUCAUUGCGGGCGAAUCGGACAAGGCGAACGCAAUCUGGGAUCGGCAUUUGGCACAAAGCUCGCGCAUCAUGUUCCAAAAGGUGAUACAGUUGGCCCGAGACACCAAAGAUGAUGCUCUCUGUCGACGAUUGCUGGAGCAGCUGCAGGAUUCAAAGAUUUCCGAGAAGGGUAAGGGCCUGAUAUACAGCUGCCUUAUCGAUACGCUGGUCGCAAAGCAGCAACCGGAACAAGGACUGUUGGCGCUCGAGGCGGCUCUGAAGGAAACCUGCCUUGACAAUGUUAACCGGACGGCACUGAAGCGACUUAGUGAUAGUUUGUCCGCAAAGGGAUUACCUUUCCCGUACGCCAUACCGGCAAAAUCGGCCAAGGCCGCUGAACCAUCGUCCACCAGUAGCAGUGACAGCGACAGCGAAAGCAGCAGUGACGAGGAGGCAAAGAAAAAGGCCGCGCAGGCACAAGGCGGGAAACAGGAGAGUACUAAAAAAUCGUAAAAGUUUCGAAUUUUAAAGUAUAAGGUAAUAUAGUAGCGGAGCGGAACAGUAACCAAACUAAGCUGAAAUCAUCAAAACAUAUAAUGAAAGUUGGUGUAUUAACACGGAGGGGAAUCCAUUUGCAUUAGUCGACCCGAUAGUUGAAGUGAGUGCUUGAAGACACGCAUUUUCUUUGCGUUUUUGUUCAUCAUCGAUACGUUUACGAUGUGUAGUAGUGAAGCCUAAUAAAACCUCGGUUUAAAACAAA